AUGACAUCUAAUGCUUCGACUACACCAUCCGUUGGAUCCACCGCCACCGGUGCACAUAAACGUAAUUCGGAUGAUGUUGGUUGGGAUUAUGGUUUUAUCCCGGAUAAAAGCAACAUGGAUAGAUUGAAAUGGAAGUUAGAAAAGAAAGUUAAACAAGUGCAUAAUGAAGGCUUAAGGGUGGAGGCGAGACAAGAAUUUCAUGAAGUAGAAAGUUCUUUAGGGUCGAAGGAACCAAAUGUUAUAGGCCCCAUGGAUAACUUUGCAAACAUAAUAAACCCCGAAGGAGCUUUGAAGGCGGGAAAGGGAAAAAAUGUUGAUCUUAACAAUAUUGUCCCGAAAGAAAGAAUAUUAACGGUCCAUAAAUUCAUUAGUAGGUGGGGAUAUGAGAGUGCGAUUCCUUUUCAUGCCUUUGAAAGGGAUAGCUUCAAAAUGAUGUUGGAGGUUAUUGGCCAAUUUGGAACUGGGCUUCCUUGUCCUACUAGAUAUGCUUUAAGUGAGGUUGAAAGAACAAAAAAAUUGUUGAAAAAAAACGAAAAUGAAUGGAAAGAGGAUGGAUGCUCGAUUAUGACGGAUGCUUGGUCCGAUCGAAAGAGGAGAAGCAUAAUGAAUUUAUGUGUUAAUUCGAAGAUGGGUACCAUUUUUUUAUCUUCAAAAGAAUGUUCCAGUGAAGCACAUACAAGCCAACACAUAUAUGGGUAUGUGGAAUCUUUUAUACAACAAGUUGGUCCCGAGAAUGUUGUUCAAGUUGUGACCGAUAAUGCCACAAAUAAUAUGGGGGCGGCGAAGUUGCUAAAACAGAAAAGAACAUCUAUUUUUUGGACAUCAUGUGCGACACAUACCAUUAACCUUAUGCUUGAAGGCAUCGGAGCACUCCCAAGGUUUAAGAAAAUCCUAGAUCAAGCAAAGAAACUAACCAUAUUCAUUUAUGCUCACCACAAAACCUUGGCGAUGAUGAGAAGUUACACCAACAAAAAGGAAAUUAUCCGACCGAGAGUCACAAGAUUUGCUUCCGCCUUUCUAACAUUAUAA